UGUGUGUGGUGAAGAGGGGUUGUUCCCCCCCCUUCUCUCUCUCUGUGUGUGUGUGUCCCUGCCCCCCCUCCCCCAGCACCACCAUGGCUUCCCCUCUGAGGGAGGACGAGGAAGAGGAGGAGGAGAUGGUGGUGUCUGAGGUGGAGGGGGAUGAAGAAGAAGAGGAGGAAGAGGAGGAGGAAGAAGGCGCCGGGGACAACAGCCCAGGCGACAUAUUCCCGCCUGCUGCUGCUCCACUGGCACCAGCACCAGCAGCAUCAACUCCACCAGCAGCUGCGGCUCCUCCAGAUGAAGAAGAUGGCGAUCUCAGGAACCUGGAGAGCGCCCUGGGGGUCAAGAAAAAGAAAAGGGGUCCCCGCAAGCAGAAGGAAAACAAGCCAGGGAAACCCCGGAAGCGCAAAAAAUUAGUGAGCGAGGAUGAGUUUGAGUCGGACCGGGAGGAGUUCCGGGAGAAGUCAGAGAGCGGGAGCAGCGACUACGGAGGGGUGGCCAAGAAGAAGCGGCGGAAGCACCGGGAGAAGAAGGAGAGAAAGACCAAACGCCGGAAAAAGGUGGAUGGUGAUGCAGGCCAGAAAGUAAAGCAGGUAGAGCAGAAAUCCUCGGCCCAGCUGCUCAUGACCUGGGGGCUGGAAGACGUGGACCAUGUAUUCUCCGAGGAGGAUUAUCACACACUCACCAACUACAAAGCCUUCAGCCAGUUCAUGAGGCCUCUCAUUGCCAAAAAGAACCCCAAGAUCCCCAUGUCCAAGAUGAUGACCAUCCUGGGCGCCAAGUGGCGGGAGUUCAGCGCCAACAACCCCUUCAAGGGCUCGGCGGCGGCCGUGGCGGCGGCGGCCGCAGCGGCGGCGGCGGCCGUGGCCGAGCAGGUGUCGGCCGCCGUCUCUGCCGUGGCUGCCGAGCCGCAGCCCCCUCCCAUCCGCAAAGCCAAAACCAAAGAAGGCAAAGGGCCGGGUCACAAACGGCGGAGCAAGAGCCCUCGCGUGCCGGAGAUGAGGAGGAAGAUGAAAGGCAAGAGGAUGGCUCCCCUGAAGAUCAAGCUGGGCAUGAUCGGGGGGAAGCGGAAGAAAAGCACCUCGCAUGUGUUUCAGAGCGACGAGGUGGGCGAGAUGGAGGAGGAGUCUGACGUGGACAACUCCAGCGUCCACAGCUCCUCGGUGCGGUCCGACAGCUCGGGGCGGGUCAAGAAACUCAAGCGGGGCCGGCCCGGCCGGAAAAGGAAGAAGGCGAUCUCCGCAAUCCCAAUCCAGGAUCGGGGGCCCGUGGUGCUGGCCGCUGCGCAGAUGCAUGUGCCCGUCGAGGAGGAGGUGGACGGCUACGAGACGGACCACCAGGACUACUGCGAGGUGUGUCAGCAGGGCGGCGAGAUCAUCCUCUGCGACACCUGCCCCAGGGCCUACCACCUCGUGUGUCUGGACCCCGAACUCGACAAGGCGCCGGAGGGCAAAUGGAGUUGUCCCCACUGUGAGAAGGAGGGGGUGCAGUGGGAAGCCAAGGAGGAAGACGAGGAGUACGAGGAAGAGCUGGAGGAGGAAGGCGAGAAGGAGGAGGAGGACGACCACAUGGAGUACUGCCGGGUCUGCAAGGACGGCGGGGAGCUGCUCUGCUGUGACGCCUGCAUCUCCUCCUACCACAUCCACUGCCUCAACCCACCGCUGCCCGAGAUCCCCAACGGCGAAUGGCUCUGCCCCCGCUGCACGUGCCCCGUGCUGAAGGGCCGGGUCCAGAAGAUCCUGCACUGGCGCUGGGGGGAGCCGCCCCCGCCCGUGCUGGUGCCCCGGCCGCCCGACGCCGCCCCGGACGAGCCCUCGCCCAAGGCGCUGCAGGGGCGCUCGGAGCGGGAGUUCUUCGUCAAGUGGGUCGGCCAGUCCUACUGGCACUGCUCCUGGGCCAAGGAGCUGCAGCUGGAGAUCUUCCACCUGGUGAUGUACCGCAACUACCAGCGCAAGAACGACAUGGACGAGCCGCCCCCGCUGGACUACGGCUCCGGCGAGGACGACGGCAAGAGCGAGAAGCGGAAGAGCAAGGACCCGCUCUACGCCCAGAUGGAGGAGCGCUUCUACCGCUACGGCAUCAAGCCCGAGUGGAUGGCCAUUCACCGCGUCAUCAACCACAGCAUCGACAAGAAGGGGAUCUACCACUACCUGGUGAAGUGGCGCGACCUGCCCUACGACCAGUCCACGUGGGAGGAGGACGAGAUGGCCAUCCCCGACUUCGACUUCCACAAGCACGCCUACUGGAGACACAGGGAGCUGAUCAUGGGCGAGGACCCGGCCCAGCCCCGCAGGUACAAGAAGAAGAAGAAGGAGAUGCCGCCGGAGGGCCCCCCGAACUCCCCCACCAACGACCCCACGGUGAAGUACGAGACGCAGCCGCGGUUCAUCACCUCCACGGGCGGGACCCUGCACAUGUACCAGCUGGAGGGUCUCAACUGGCUGCGCUUCUCCUGGGCCCAGGGAACCGACACCAUCCUGGCCGACGAGAUGGGGCUCGGCAAGACCAUCCAGACCAUCGUCUUCCUCUACUCCCUCUACAAGGAGGGUCACACCAAAGGCCCCUUCCUGGUCAGCGCCCCGCUCUCCACCAUCAUCAACUGGGAGCGGGAGUUCCAGAUGUGGGCGCCCAAGUUCUACGUGGUGACGUACACGGGCGACAAGGACAGUCGCUCCAUCAUCCGCGAGAACGAAUUCUCCUUCGAGGACAACGCCAUGAAGGGCGGGAAGAAGGCUUUCAAGAUGAAGAGGGAAGCUCAGGUGAAGUUCCACGUGCUGCUCACGUCCUACGAGCUGGUCACCAUCGACCAGGCGGCGCUGGGCUCCAUCCGCUGGGCCUGCCUGGUGGUGGACGAGGCUCAUCGGCUGAAGAACAACCAGUCCAAGUUUUUCAGGGUGCUGAACGGUUACAAGAUCGAUCACAAGCUGCUGCUGACGGGGACGCCGCUGCAGAACAACCUGGAGGAACUUUUCCACCUGCUCAACUUCCUCACGCCGGAGCGCUUCAAUAACCUGGAGGGCUUCCUGGAGGAGUUCGCCGACAUCUCCAAGGAGGACCAGAUCAAGAAGCUGCACGACCUGCUGGGACCCCACAUGCUGCGGCGUCUCAAGGCCGACGUCUUCAAGAACAUGCCGGCCAAGACGGAGCUGAUCGUGCGCGUGGAGCUGAGCCCCAUGCAGAAGAAAUACUACAAAUACAUCCUGACCCGCAACUUCGAGGCCCUCAACUCCCGGGGGGGCGGAAACCAGGUCUCCCUGCUCAACAUCAUGAUGGACCUCAAAAAAUGCUGCAACCAUCCCUACCUCUUCCCUGUGGCUGCAAUGGAGUCCCCCAAGCUGCCGAGCGGUGCCUACGAGGGCGGUGCCCUCAUCAAAUCCUCCGGCAAGCUGAUGCUGUUACAGAAGAUUCUGCGGAAGCUGAAGGAACAGGGGCACCGGGUGCUGAUUUUCUCCCAGAUGACGAAAAUGCUGGACCUGCUGGAGGAUUUCCUGGACUAUGAAGGCUACAAAUACGAGCGGAUCGAUGGUGGGAUCACUGGGACAUUGCGGCAAGAGGCCAUCGACAGAUUCAAUGCUCCCGGGGCCCAGCAGUUCUGCUUCCUGCUCUCCACCCGGGCGGGGGGCUUGGGCAUCAACCUGGCCACCGCCGACACGGUGGUCAUCUUCGAUUCCGACUGGAACCCCCACAACGACAUUCAGGCCUUCAGCCGGGCUCACCGCAUCGGCCAGGCCAACAAGGUGAUGAUCUACCGCUUCGUGACGCGGGCCUCGGUGGAGGAGCGGAUCACGCAGGUGGCCAAGCGGAAGAUGAUGCUGACCCACCUGGUGGUGCGCCCGGGGCUGGGCUCCAAGGCCGGCAGCAUGUCCAAGCAGGAGCUGGACGACAUCCUGAAAUUCGGCACCGAGGAGCUUUUCAAGGACGAGAACGAGGGGGAGAACAAGGAGGAGGACAGCAGCGUGAUCCACUACGACAACGAGGCCAUCGCCCGGCUGCUCGACCGCAACCAGGACGCCACCGACGACGCCGACGUGCAGAACAUGAACGAGUAUCUCAGCUCCUUCAAGGUGGCCCAGUACGUGGUGCGGGAGGAGGACAAGAUCGAGGAGAUCGAGCGGGAGAUCAUUAAGCAGGAGGAGAACGUGGACCCCGACUACUGGGAGAAGCUGCUGCGCCAUCACUACGAGCAGCAGCAGGAGGACCUGGCCCGCAACCUGGGGAAGGGCAAACGGGUCCGGAAGCAGGUCAACUACAACGACGCUGCGCAGGAGGACCAAGACAAUCAGUCCGAGUACUCGGUGGGAUCGGAAGAGGAGGACGAAGACUUCGACGAGAGGCCGGAAGGCCGGCGCCAGUCCAAACGCCAGCUCCGCAACGAGAAAGACAAACCUCUGCCCCCGCUGCUGGCUCGAGUCGGGGGCAACAUCGAGGUGUUGGGGUUCAACACGCGCCAGCGCAAGGCCUUCCUGAACGCCGUCAUGCGCUGGGGGAUGCCCCCCCAGGACGCCUUCACCACCCAGUGGCUGGUCCGGGACCUCCGAGGCAAGACGGAGAAGGAAUUCAAGGCCUACGUCUCCCUCUUCAUGAGGCACCUGUGUGAGCCCGGGGCGGACGGCUCGGAGACCUUCGCCGACGGCGUGCCCAGGGAGGGGCUGUCCCGGCAGCAGGUCCUGACGCGCAUCGGCGUCAUGUCGCUGGUCAAGAAGAAGGUGCAGGAAUUCGAGCACAUCAACGGGCGGUGGAGCAUGCCCGAGCUCAUGCCCGACCCCAGCGCCGACUCCAAGCGGUCGUCCCGCGCCUCUUCGCCAACCAUCAAGACCUCCACCACCACCCCCGAACCCAGCUGUACCAACACGCCCUGCACCUCCAAACCAGCCACGCCAGCCCCCAGCGAGCGCGGGGACGGGACGGGGCCGCUGGCCGAGAAGGAGGAGCUGGAGGCGGCCAAGGAGCCGGAGAAGGAACCGAAAAGCGGCGAGCGGAUGGAGACGGAGGGCCCUGCAGUGGACCAGCCAACGCCCACCACCUCCCCCGGGGAGAAAAGUGAGCCGAAAGCGGACGAGGACGAGUCCCUGGUGCCGGGGGAGAAGGAGCCGGAGGCAGAGCCCUUGGUCAAGGAGGAGAAGGAGAAGUCGGGUGCCGGGCCGGAAGAGCCGGUGGCGGAGAAGGCCGAGGAGAGACCUGCUGACAGCGAUGAGCCCAAGGAGAAGGGGGAUGGGGAAGGGCCGGAGGUGAAGAAAGCGUCCCUUGUGCUUGCAGAAGAGGUGAAGGUGGAGAAGGAAGCUGGCAAGGAGCCCAGGAUGGGCAGCAUCAAGGAGGAGAGCAAGGCCAACGGGCGGAAGGAAGACAAGGCCGACAAGCCCCGAUUCAUGUUCAACAUCGCAGACGGCGGCUUCACGGAGCUGCACACGCUGUGGCAGAACGAGGAGCGGGCGGCCAUCUCCUCCGGGAAGCUGAACGAGAUCUGGCACCGACGCCACGACUACUGGCUGCUGGCUGGCAUCGUGCUGCACGGCUACGCCCGCUGGCAGGACAUCCAGAACGACGCCCAGUUCAGCAUCAUCAACGAGCCCUUCAAAACCGAGGCCAACAAGGGGAAUUUCCUGGAGAUGAAAAACAAGUUCCUGGCCAGGAGGUUCAAGCUCCUGGAGCAGGCGCUGGUGAUCGAGGAGCAGCUGCGCCGAGCCGCCUACCUGAACAUGACUCAGGACCCCAGCCACCCGGCCAUGGCGCUCAACACCCGCUUUGCCGAGGUCGAGUGUCUGGCCGAGAGCCACCAGCACUUGUCCAAGGAGUCCCUGGCUGGCAACAAGCCUGCCAACGCCGUCCUUCACAAGGUGCUCAACCAGCUGGAGGAGCUGCUGAGCGACAUGAAGGCCGACGUGACGCGCCUGCCGGCCACGCUGUCCCGCAUCCCGCCCAUCGCCGCCCGCCUCCAGAUGUCGGAGCGCAGCAUCCUUAGCCGCCUGGCCAACAAGGGCACCGAGACGCAGACGGCCCCGGCCUUCCCACCGGGCCCGUACGCCACCCCCCAGAGCUUCGGGGGCUCCUUCAGUGCCGGAGCCCUGCCCACGGGGGGAGCCAACUACAGCCAGAUGCCCGCUGGGUCCUUCAUCACAGCCGCCACCAACGGCCCCCCGGUGCUGGUGAAGCGGGAGCGGGACGCCGACCCCCUGGAGAGGAAGGAGGCCCGGGCCGGCGAGGUGAUCUGUAUCGACGACUGAGGGGGACCCCUUUCCUCCCGCGGGCAGGGGGCAGCCCCUCCCCCUCUUUCUUUCCCAGGGGGGGCACGAUACCUGCUCUAUCCAGACGGGACCCCGCCCCCCCCCCCACUUCCUGGGGGGUGGGUAUGUAGCCUGGGCGGGUGACGGGGGGGUCCUGCCCUGGGACCCCCGCCCCGCCGGCUACUCUAUAAAUAUGAAUAUAUAUAUAUAUAUAUAUACACACAUACUGUAUGGGAGCCCCCCGCCAGCCCCCCAGGCCCUCCCCUCAGCACCCCACUGGGGGGGCAGCCCCCCCGGCUUGGGAAGGUGACCUCCCAUCCCAAAGUGGGGCAGGGGGGCAGUUCUACCUCGCUGCGGUGUGGCUCGGGGGGGGCUGGGCGGGUGGGAGGGCGCCGGGAGUCACUCCGGAUUGUCGCCAGUUCGCAUCACUUCUUGUUUAAACUGCGCGGAAUAAAGGCACCGUUUCCUUGGCUACGUGA